UUAUCCUUGACUUAACCUGUGGCUCUGAUCAAGGCACCUACGUCAAUGUCACGUCAAUGUCACAUCAACUGAGGAAUAAUCGUCUGUACCCUCACCACAUACGUUACUCUGACGUCGUUUGACAUUGCACCAUACAUUAUGCCUCCAGCUUAAAAUCCCUCUCCUUUCUCACUAAGACAUACCACAAUGACAGAUUCUCCCUCCCGUUCCCCUUCACGAGACGCAGCAGGCUCUCGCUCUCGAACACGUCGCCAUCGCGGUGGUCGUCGUCGUUCCAACAACAACGUCCCUUCUUCUGGCCUACCGGGAGUAGAUGAUUUCGACGACGUCAUCCGUGAACGAGUCAUUGCUGAAGGAGAAGAAGAUUCUGCCCCCCCGAAACCUGAUAAAUCCAAGAAAGGUGGUUCUGGUUUACCUGGCAUCGACGAUUUCGAUGCUGUAAUAGCCGCAAGAGCAGAAGCUGAGGAUGGGGGUGACGGUGGGCGUGGUGGUGUUCCUGCCAUUCCUCCCAAUGAUCCCAAACUUCGAACUGGCGAAUGGGGUCUGGUGAAGAACCAAGGCACUGGUUUACCAGGAUAUGACGAGUUUGACGAUGUGAUUGAAGAAAGAAUGGAAAGAGAGGGUGCGAAUGAUGCCAUUAUCAAGUUGAUGUUGGAGUUGAACAUUGACCUUGUUAUUGAACUCAAGGCGAAGGUUCACGGUGAUUUAACAAUCAGUUUGCUGCGCUAGAAGGAAUCUGUUGAUCCUUCUCUUGACUCGUUUGAACCAAAAGGACCCUGACGGACUGUACUCUAUUUACAUACUUUUCACGUUCUGUACUUGUUCACUAAUGACGAUGAGACGAUGGUGUUGCCAUAACAUAAUAUCACUCGAGUUUUCACCUGAA